AUGCGAGCCAUUUCCAUCGGCUGCCCGGAAGAAGCUCGACGGGAGUUCGGAACCACGUCCAGGGUCCUCCUGUUUGCCUCGGCAAAAGUGCGUCAAAACUCGGCGCAGCGGGAGUCCUUCAGACCAAACCACUGUGCACACGUAUUUUGUGAUCUGCCAUUCUCGAAACGGGUAUAAAAGCGGCGCUGGCCGUGCCGAAGUCUGAAACCCGUUGCCCUACGACCUCCUCUACCGUAUCCGCCAUGAAGCUUCUCUGGUGAGUCUUCUCUCGAUCUCGGACUGGUCUGACUUGCUUCGAGCAAGCCACAAACUAUGUCAACCUUGUGACAAGCGCGUCAAGUUUCUAGGCUAUUGCAAGAGUUCUUUUUUGGUUACAUAGAAAAUGAAUAGAAAACACGAAAAAUUUCGUUCAGAAUUUUUUUCUAUUGAGUUAUGACGAAAAAAAGCUUUGAAGGUUGAACCUAUUAUGUCUAUUUAAUAAAAUUGUUUUCUUCUUCGCAAUAAUUUGACAAAAUAUGAAUAUUUUCAAAACGGAAAAACCAAGAACGUGGCCGUUUCACAUUAAGACGAACCCUCCCGAAAAUCUGGAAAUCUCCAUCCACCUAUUGAAGAAUCCUGACAUGUCCUGAGAAAGCCCAAGUAUUUUCAGCCUUCUUCUGACCCUCGCCCUCGUUUCCACUGCCAACGCGUACUACGUGAGCAUUUUCUGAAGGACUCCUUGUCUCAAUCUCCAACUUUCAGAUCUACUACCUCUACCCCAACUCCAACUCGUACAACUCCAACUCGAACACUGGAACUACUUACUACUACACUCCCUCCAACGGCCAAACAACCUACUAUUAUUAUCCCUCAAAUACAAACUCAAAUGGCCAGACUACCACCUACUAUUACUACCCUAACAACAACAACGGUUAGCUUCUGUUUCGAUUUUGUCAAGAAAUACAGCUUUUUAGGACAAACGUAUUCAAACGGCUGCACCAAUUGUGGUACGUCUCCCUACACCACCUAUUACUACUACACAGGACGCAAAUAA